AUGCAACCAGGAACGAGUCUGCCUGUGUUGAUCGACAAUGUACGGUCGUAUCCAAAUGUUCCAUACGGUCGAUCAUUAUCACAUAACAGUACGGAUUCUUCGAUUCAUCAAGUACUUCUCAGUAGUUCUUGUUUGAAUAAUCCUGUAUCAUCUCGUCUCUCCUUCAGAAAAUUACAAUCCGAACAAUGGGAACGACUUCUUUGUAAUAAAAAACAACAAGAAGUAAAAAUAAAGCGAAAGAAAUCAAAUAUCGAUCCAGUUCUAAAUAAAGAUAUUGCGCAUGCAUUAAAUGAAAAUUGUGUUUUCGAUGGAAAUUCUGAAUGUGCUUCUAUGCCUGCAUCAGUCCGAACAAAUUUUGAUAAUUUAUAUGAACAAAUGAAUGAAAUAACAUUACAACUAGCCGAAGAACGACUUAAACAUAAACAAACACAAAUCAAAGCUGAAGAAACACUUAUCAAUCAAUUACAAGAUCAAGAGACACAUUUUCAAGAACGACAAGAACGUCAACUACGUGAUAAUAAAAUGAAAUUAAAAGAACACGAAAAAAACUUUUUAAAACUUUUAAAUGAAGAACAAACGCUUAGUCUCGUGCGUGAAGAACAAUUAAGAAAAGAACUUGAAUUUCUGAAAAAAUCAUUUCAUACAUAUAAAGCUGCUCUAGAAAAAGAGAAUGAUGAAAAACUUCAAGUGAAACUAUCCGAAGCAUUACUAGCAAUGAAAAAUGAAAGACCCAAGAAAGAAGAAGAUAUCAAUAAAAGAAUCAAUGAAGCUAUUUUCAAUGAACGAAAUAAUAUUCAUUUAAGACAUUCAAAGGAGAUUGAAAAAAUACAAAAGCAACAUCAAAAUGAAAUCGAAACUCUGAAAAAAGCUGUUGCUGAAGCAACUGUCGAACAAGAACAUUUACAAUCAUUAACUAAAGAAUUAGCAUCUGUAAAACUCGAACUUAGAGAGGCAAAGAAACAUGCAAUUAGUUUAACUACACAAUUCAAUGAUCCAAAAACUAAGCAUUCUGAAAAAAUUGGAGAAUCUAAAGAACCUCGUGUACGUUCUGAUGAAAAACCAAAGAAAACUAAAAAGCUUUAG